AUGGCGUCGGCCCGCCUAGCCGCGGCCCUGCCCGGGCGCGCCCUCCGCCGCGCCCCCGGCGCACGGGGGCCGACGGCGGGCGCGCGCGCAGGCGCGCCGUGGCCGCGGCUCGCGCCGCAGGGCGGCGGCGGCAGUGGCAGCGGCGCGGCGUGGCCGCGGCGGUCUUACGUGACCACGGGGCUGAAGGAUAUGGAGGAGGAUGCCACGCCGUUGCAGGUCAAGUACUGGGUGGAGGGCAAGCCGGCGGUCCCGCUGGACUCUAUCAAGGUCGACCUGUCCAAGUACAACACGGAGAAGAUCUUCUCGGUGUACGGUGGCGAGGAUGGCGCGACGCUUUUGCCUGACAUGGACCUGGCGGAGACACAGCGCCUGCGCGCGCACAUGGAGGACGUAUUCAGUCGCAUCGGGGUUGUGCACCUGGUCAACACUGGCUUCACAAGCACAAGUCAGUUCAAUGCCGCGACGAAGGUGCUGAUGCCCAACCACAUGGACUACACGGGCGGGGCCAACCGUCGCGCCCCCAUCGAGGCGAACGUGUACGAUACUGGCGCCCCUCGGGAGGCGGAUCUGCAGUACCACCACGAGAUGGCCUACGUCAGCACAUCGUGUCAGUGGGUGGCGUUCGGCGCGAUUGAGGCCACGCACAAUCCGAUCAAGGGCGCCACCUUCAUCUCAGAGAAUAUCGGUGCUACGAACAUGUUGUUGUGCACCACGUUCGGCCGCAAGCUCGUGGACAAAGGAAUGUGCUAUGUGCGCAAGCUCCCCGACGAGAAGUACUUUGUGGACAACGACCGGGACCCCAGCAUCGUGUACAACUUCUGGCAAACCAGCACGGGCUGCACGGACAUGUGGGAGGCCCAAGAGGUCAUGGAACGCAAGGGGCUGGAGGUGGAGUGGCAGAACUCCGCUGUGUUUGGCCGCUACAUGGUGACCAAGUACUACGUGGACACGUUCGAGUACGACCCAUUCAACGACCGCAACACUCUGUUCGCCUCUGUGGCGGACGACUACGCGUGGUUCGACUCGUGGCCGGGCGUGCAGAAGUUGCCGCACUGGGAGCGCCCGCUGAAGCUGACGUUUGGCGACGGCGAGGUCAUCAACCGAGAGCAGAAGCAGCUCUGGGUCGACUGCUACGACACCCACGGGCUGCCCAUCCUGUGGAGCAAGGGCGACCUGGCCAUCAUCUGCAACUACCGCACUGCCCACGGCCGGCCCAGACGCCGCUCCCUGGCGGGGACAGGCGCGAGCUGGGCGUGA